AUGCCGAAAUUCACACCCCGUCAACGAAAGCAAAAGCACCGGCAGAAGGAGCCUGCUGCCCCGGUGGACACCAAUGUCCCAGAGCUUCAGCCCGUGUCCAAAGAUGAGAAAGAGGCUCGGAGGCAGAAGUUGCGGGAGGAGCUGCGAGAGCCGCAUUCCCAUGUGUCCUCAAAAAAGCAGAAACGCCUGGACAAGUAUAUUGAAAAUAAACUGAAGAAAGAAGAGAACCUCGAGCUCCUCAAGAAACUGGCCAAUUCCAGUGUCGAUACUUCCGGCCUGCAGAGCUCCAAGGAAUUGGGCAAGCGCAAGAGACACGACGACCACCACCAACCCACACCGAGUGCUAUUCCCACGCCACAAGAUGUCUCCGCGCCCGAUCUCUCCGGAGAUGAGACAGACGAAUCUGACCUCAAGCUGAAAGCAUCCGACCCCGCGACGGACCCGGAACCGGCGCCGAAGCCACAGCCCGAUCAAGCAUCCAUGGGAAGCGGAUUGAAACGACCGCUCGAAGUAGGGCCCGACGGAUUUCCGUUAAUAAAAAAACGCAAGCGUGCUGCGAAGCCGGCACCGCCACCUGUAAAAGAAGUUCCGUGGGAAGGUUUUGGGUCGGAUGAUGACGAGGCAAAUGAGAGUGAACAAGACAAUGAGUCGGAUCAGUCAGAAAACGAGGCCAGUGAGGGUUCUGAAGGCGAAGGUUCAGAAGACUCCGACGACCAAACAUCCGAAGAUACAUCAGAAGAUACAUCAGAAGAUGAAGAGAACGAUUCAGAUGAGGAAGACGGUGAUGAACCGUCUAAAAUCAAGCCUCGUCAGUCGGCCUUCAAGUCUUGGGCAGUACAACAAAUCAACGAUGCUGUCGGCUUCAAGCCCACCUCCGGCCCAAUUGUCACCGAGCAAGAGCAAGCAUUUGUACCCCCUCCAAAGCCAGCAAAAAACACAGUCGCUGAAGAAGAGCCCCUGCCCCAAGAACUCCAAGUGACUCAGGGCGAUCCCAACCGAAAAGCUUUCAGUGUUCCCGUCAGCCGCUCAGAGGAGAUUCAGAGUGCCCGUAUGGGGCUUCCAGUCGUUGGCGAAGAACAAAAGAUCAUGGAGGCAAUUCACAACAACCCCACGGUGGUUAUCUGGGGUGCUACGGGUAGCGGAAAGACAACUCAGCUGCCACAGUUCCUCUUUGAAGCUGGCUAUGGUCACCCUGACAGCCCCAAUCCGGGCCUGAUCGGUGUCACACAGCCUCGCCGAGUUGCGGCUGUGAGUAUGGCGAAUCGCGUGUCUCAGGAGCUGGGUCAAUAUGCCGAUCAGGUCUCGUAUCAAAUUCGGUUCGAGACGACCGUAUCUAAGAAGACCGCCAUCAAGUUCAUGACCGAUGGUAUCCUGCUGCGAGAGAUCGCAGAUGACUUUGCUCUCCGCAAAUACUCCAUCCUGCUCAUCGACGAAGCGCAUGAGCGGAGCGUGAACACAGAUAUUCUGAUUGGCAUGGUCAGCCGUAUCGUCGAUCUGCGCAAGUUAAUGAGCAAAGAAGACCCGUCCGUCACACCCCUGAAAGUCAUUAUUAUGUCUGCCACUCUGCGCAUUUCAGACUUUACACAAAACGCAAGUCUCUUUCGCCAGGGACCGCCUCCCUUGGUCCAGGCGGAAGGUCGCCAGUACCCCGUCAGCGUCCAUUUCGCCCGUCGCACGCAUCGUGACUACGUCGAGGACGCGUUCCGCAAGGUCUCGCGAGGUCAUCGCAAACUUCCUCCCGGCGGAAUGCUGGUGUUCUUGACUGGACAAAAUGAGAUCCGGCAUCUCUCCAAGCGGCUGAAGCAGGCCUUUAAACCCACCCAGCGAGCCGACACCACUCAGGCGAAGGUGCAGAUAUCCGCCAACGAUGCACCCCUGGAGGCAGAGGAUCUGGAGUUUGGUGGCACAGAAAUGAACAACACGGGUGCGGAUGACGACUACGACGACAGCGAUGUGGAAAUCACCGGACUGGAUGACGAGGAAGAGGACGAGGAGUUCGAUAUCGGCGAGGAUGCCAUGGACUCGUCGACACGGGUUCACGUCUUGCCUCUCUACUCGCAACUGCCCACCAAAGAACAGAUGAAAGUGUUCGAACCGCCGCCAGAGAAUUCGCGACUGAUCAUCCUCGCCACCAACGUCGCCGAGACAUCACUGACAAUUCCCGGCAUCAAGUACGUCUUUGACUGCGGACGCGCCAAGGAGAAACAAUUCGAUUUGUUCACGGGCGUCCAGAGCUUCCAGGUUGGGUGGAUUAGCAAGGCCAGUGCCAACCAACGAGCCGGUCGAGCCGGUCGAACAGGUCCUGGUCACUGCUAUCGCCUGUACUCCUCGGCGGUGUAUGAGGGCGAGUUGGCCGAGUAUACCGAUCCGGAGAUCCUGCGCACCCCCAUUGAGGGAGUCGUCUUGCAGAUGAAGAGCAUGGGUCUCCACAACGUGAUCAACUUCCCGUUCCCCACGCCCCCAAGCCGACAAGGACUUGCCAAGGCAGAGAAGCUGCUGAAGAACCUCGGUGCGCUCUCGGGCGACGGCCAAGUGACACAGAUUGGCCGCCGUCUUUCGACAUACCCGCUCUCUCCCCGGUUCGGCAAAAUGCUCUAUAUCGGCCACCAGCAUGGCUGCAUGCCGUAUGUCAUUGCCCUCGUGGCGGCCCUCGCCGUGGGAGAUUUGUUCGUACCCGAGAACCAGGCCGAUAUCACCAUCACGACUUCAUCAUCCAAAAACAAGGAUGACGAGGACGACAGCGAGGACGAAAGGGUCUACACCAACGCGGACCGGCUCGAAGACACACAACGCGAGCAACGCUCCAAGGACCACGCCCGUGCACACCGACUCUUCAGCAAGCACGACGACACUUCAGACGCCCUGAAAUACCUCUCCGCAAUCUGCGCAUACGCCUACGCCUCCGACGGCGACGCCUUCAGUGAGCAGAUGUUCCUGCGCGCCAAGGCCUUCAAAGAAGCAACCCAGCUACGCAGCCAACUCACCGAUAUCGUGCGCUCCAACAACCCAGGCCUGGUCCCCGCCUACACAGCACGCCUACCCGAGCCCUCCGCAAAGCAGCUCAAGGCGCUGAAGCAGAUCGUCACAGCCGGGUUCAUCGACCACAUCGCCAUCCGCGCCGACCUGGCCCCCGUCCCGCCCGAGAUCCCGCGCACCCCGCGCCGCGCCAUCGACGUCCCCUACCUGACAUUAUUCCGCUCGCGCGACGGGCCCGUCCACGAUCUGGUCGACCGCGCCGUCUUUGUGCACCCGUCUUCUGUGCUCGCCAAACUCUCGCCCAAGGAAAUGCCCCCCUACAUUGUCUACUCGCAUCUGCAGCAGUCUGCUGCUUCCGUCGUUUCUGCGGAUCACACCCCCAAGAUCCGGAUGUUCCCGCUCGGCGCCCCCAGUGCCCUGCAGCUCUCAGCUCUCGCUCAUGAUACCCCGCUUAUCGAGUAUGGGAAGCCGAUUGGGAAGACGGAGCUUCUGGAUGGAGUGCCGCCGCGUCGCUCUUGCUGGGUUGUGCCGGCGUUGGUGGGCGAUGCGGGGGGUACGGGAUGGCCGUUGCCUGCGAAGAAGGUUGUGCAGAAGAAGGAUUCGAGGGAGGGCUGGGUGAUUGAGAGGUUUGUUGCUUAG